CAUUUCUCCUCCCCAUGCUCUUCCCUGCAGAUGGGAUGGGGCGACCUCGGGGUGUAUGGAGAGCCCUCCAGAGAGACCCCGAAUUUGGACCGGAUGGCUGCCGAAGGGAUGCUUUUCCCAAACUUCUAUUCUGCCAACCCUCUGUGCUCACCAUCCAGGGCGGCACUGCUCACGGGACGGCUGCCCAUCCGCAAUGGCUUCUACACCACCAACGCCCAUGCCAGAAACGCCUACACGCCGCAGGAAAUUGUGGGCGGUAUCCCAGACUCGGAGCAGCUCCUGCCGGAGCUUCUGAAGAAGGCCGGCUACGUCAGCAAGAUCGUCGGCAAGUGGCAUCUGGGUCACAGGCCCCAGUUCCACCCCCUGAAGCACGGAUUUGAUGAGUGGUUUGGAUCCCCCAACUGCCACUUUGGACCUUAUGACAACAAGGCCAGGCCCAACAUCCCUGUGUACAGGGACUGGGAGAUGGUCGGCAGAUACUACGAAGAAUUUCCGAUUAAUCUGAAGACGGGGGAAGCCAACCUCACCCAGAUCUACCUGCAGGUGACGGGGGGCGGGGACCGCAGCCGCCUCGCCCU